AACAGCUGUCAUUGGCAUACCAAUUGGGCGCCUUUAGCUCUUUCUACCAUUCACUGUUAAAUUACAAUAUUUUUUGUAUUUUACAAUAUUUUUGACCUUUUUAAUUAAAAUUAUACUUUUACAAAGCAUUUGGCAAAUAUUAAAGAUCUAGAUUGUAUUGCGUCAUGCUGGGCGACGAGGAAACUGGUUGGGAUGAUGGCAUCAACUACAAAGCCAUAUCUUGUGAAAAAAUACCAGAUCUCUUCUUGGAUAAAUUGAUAGCCAAAAAUCACUUCAGUAAAUUCGGCAAAAUCACACGUUUCAUUCUACGCCCCAGCCGCCAUAUUUGUACAGUUGAAUAUGAAACAGAGGCACAGGCAGAGCGCGCUUUAGAUCAAGCGGGAGAAUUUAAUGGUAAGGAAUUUCAAAUUGAAUAUGCCACCCGCGAAGUAGCCCAUGUACAAAACACAGAAGAAUGGGUUAAUCCCGAAGUACAAGCUGAAUUGGAUGCAAUGGGUUUGCGGCAAACCCUGCCGACUUAUAGAGUACCAGCAAGCACUAUGUUACCGCCGGGAAAAACAACUCAAUUGCGUGCUCAAAAAUCUGGUACACCAACUAACCCAGUUGCCACUAAAGUGGGCAAGCCGGCGGCGACAGCAGAACCAACCAAAAUUGAUUCAUCUCUACGAUAUGAGUAUGAGAGCAUUUUACGUAGGCCAGCUUUUAGUGAUGAAGAAAAAUAUCGUGUUUUAGAUGCGAGAGAUAAAUUGAUGCGUUUGUUAAGACCACGACAGACAGAUAUAAAUAAAGUUGAAAGAACUAAAGGCAUUUGUCCUGACAUGUGUCCCGAGAAAGAGCGUUUAAUGCGUGAAUUUCAACGACAAGUGUCCACAUUUGAGAUGUGUGCCGAACAUGAGCAGAGUGUAUCUUCCAUAUCGCAUCAGCGUGCAAUCAAAGAAUAUUCACGCAGUAGUGCUGACCAAGAAGUGCCACUUGCACAUGAAUUGCGACCUGAAAGCGUGCUACAAAUGACAAUGUUGUACCUGAUGCACCGCAUAUUGGAUUUGUGUGAGGAUCCUCAAACAUCAAUUGCCGAUUGGUUUCACUUUGUAUGGGAUCGCACGCGUUCCAUACGCAAAGAUAUCACACAACAAGAACUCUGCUCAUUGGGCACAGUAGAAUUGGUAGAACAAUGUGCACGCUUUCAUAUACAUUGUGCCGCGCGAUUAGUGGCCGAAGAUCCCUCAGUGUUUGAUAAAAAAAUUAAUGCAGAAAAUUUGACAAAAUGUUUACAAUCACUAAAAUAUAUGUAUCAUGAUUUACGCAUUAAGGGCAUACACUGUCCAUGUGAAGCGGAAUUUCGCAGCUACAUAGUACUGCUGAAUUUGGGCGAUUCGAAUUUCUUAUGGGAGCUGAAACAGUUGCCAGAACACAUACAAAACUCAAAAGAAAUUAAACGCGCCAUUUCCUUCUAUAAUACACUACAAAAUAAUAACUAUGUACGUUUCUUUAGUAUGAUACGUGAAGUUGAGACAUCGUAUUUGAGCGCCUGCAUUCUGCUAGGCUACUUUAAUAAAUUACGUUGGCGUGCCAUGGAAGCAAUUAAUAAAUCACACAAUUGGCGAUAUAAUGAAGUGCUUCUGCCAUUGACAUAUCUUACGCGGAUACUUGGUUUUGAAGAUGAGAAAGCUGCGGAGCAAUACUUCAGCUAUCAUGGCUUAAAUUGUGAAGAUCAGCGUGUUCUAUUGGAGCGUUUGAAGCGACCAGAUAUCGAGUUCUCUAUGGAGCGCGCAAUGAAUUUGGUCGAGUCGAAACGUAUUGUAAGCGUUGGCGAAUGUGUUUGCGGUCAUCCGCUGGAAUCAGCUCAUAUAUUCGAAAGUCAUCAACCACACAACAGUUUUGAUGAGAAUGGUAUACUCAAAUCAGUUGCCUGGACAGCAGAUGAUCAGCUGCGCGGCGAGGCGGCGAAUAUUCGUAGGAGAGAACGUGAGCUGGAAAAACAGCAACAGCAGCAGUUGCAACAACAACAACAGCAGCAGAAAGUGGAGCAAUUGGAAUUCUUGAAAGUUCAAAAACGAACUGACUCACCUACACUCACCUUGCCACCGAUCGCGUCCUCGCCUGCUCUUCGCAUGGAUGCAAGCGUUUUCAAAGUGCCACAGCUUUCGACAACACAGUCGUCCAAGCAACAGCAACAGCAAUUUAAAAUGCCACAGCUGCCCACAAAAGUAGACGAACCCUCAAUUUUUGGUGGCAAUCAUUUUGCAGAGCCCAAGCCGAAAGUACAACCCACUACGUUGACAGAUUUCAAAUUUGAAGCGCCGACGAGUGCGAGUGGGGGUAGCGUUUUUGGCGCGCCACUGCCACUGAAAGAAAAUGGCAGUUCUCUAUUCAAAACACCAUUGACCAACACAUCUAAACCCGACAACACGUUUUCCGCCGGCAUUAGCAACUCUAUUUUUGGUGGCAAUGCAACAACAGCUGACCCAGCAAAGCCUGCUGUUGGAGGUUUUCUAUUCGAUGACGCUAGCAAGUCAGCGAACAGCGGUAACAUUUUCAGCUGCGCUGCCAAAUCAACGGCUAGCAUAUUCCAACAAGCGCAGCCUACCAAACACGACCCAUUGCGUAAUGAUAGCGUUUUCCAGCACUUCAAUACACAGCCCGUGCUGCCGGGCUUUGGCGAGGCGCAGCAUUCGACUUUGCAGAUAGCAGCGAAACCCAUUUUUGAUGGGAACUCCUUCAUGCCAACACCGCCAGCAACAACGCCGCCAGCGGUAAGAGCGGCUAAACAGCUGGCGGAAUUCGAAGCUAAAGCGGCGGCGGAAGCAGCACAACUUCAAAAAGAACAAGAGUUGGAACGCGCACGAGCGCAACAAAGAGCUGAGGCAGCAAAACGACAACGCGAGGAGCUGGAACGUAAGCGCGAGGCCGAGUUGAAAGCGCUGCAGCAGCGCGCCGAACAUAUCAGCGCUGUUGAACUGGAAAAUGUGCUCACCACACAGGUGGCCAACAUCGCACAGACAGAACUCGACAAAUAUCAAAAGUUUGAUUGCGAUUGCCAUGCCAUUGCGCAAUCAUUGCUCGAGCAAAGCAUAAAUGCCCAGUUGGAAGAGUUGGCUAACGAGGAGUAUGCCAUGAUGUGCCAUGAUCAGCUCAUGCUCAGUCGCUACUUUGAACGUUGGCUGCGCUAUACGCGCAAGAAACAAAAGCAACGCGCUCUAAUGGAAUCCACACCCAUUUGGGUGACGGCGGAGACGCGCGCCGAACAAACAGCCAAAUUGAUGCAUCCCAAAAAGUCGGAGAACUUGCGCAUGAUCAAGCGCUAUCGUCACGGUGAGCCAUGCAAUUUCGAACUGUUGCUUUGGAAGCAUCCAGAUACCAUUGGGUCACCGACGCGUCCCACCAUUGACAUCUUCCAAGUGCUGCGCGCACAUUGGAUACACAAACAGCCGUUGCAAUAUGGACGCCUACAGCAACACAAAUAUUUUAAAUUACUGUUCACACUACCCAACGAUAGCGAUGAAUUACCCGGCUUCGGAAGUUUGUGCAGCAAGUGGUUGCAAAGGCACGUGCGACGCAUUGACAGCGCGUCGGAGGAGAUGGAGGAAUCUGCGACGCCAUAUAUUUGUGCUGUGGACCGCGAGGUGGCGCUAUGUGUGCGCAAGGUCAGCGGUAUACCGCCACUCAAUGAAGGUGGCGAAACUGUGCGAAAUGAAUGCGAUAAUAUAGACGCGUUGGUGUGCUUCAUGAGCUGCGACAACACGCAGAGUACACGCAAGCGCAUACACCACCUGCUCAAGCUCAGUCGUCUGCACAAGCCAGUACCCAUGGCGAUUGUCGUCUUCGAUGGACAGUAUACAGACGAGCUGGAGUUGGGCGAUCUAUUGGAAAUGGAGAAUUUGAUGGAGGCGGACAAAGUAUCGGCGUACAAGUUUUUCGGUUGUAUGCAGAGCAAAAACGAAUUCUCCUUCGUACAUCAAAUGGGACGCGCUUUGCGUUUUGUUGCGCGUGAAAACAGAUUAACUGUCCAAUCAAUUGAUGGUUAUGUCAUGCAAAAGCUGCAGAGUUGGCUGGAGACUUGCUUGGGCGAAGAGCUGUGGCAACGUUGGCAGCACUCCGCCGAACAAAAUCCAUGCUUCGCGAAAAUCUGCAGCACGCCGAAACAUCUAGUGGAGCUCUACAAUGAGGCGGUGGAGCGCGUUAUAGAUUUGGCCACAAGCGAUUUUGCUAAUGCGGCCGAGUUUCCUGAAGAGCUGCGACAAUUUGUACCCAAAGUGGAUGUGGACAUAGCGCUGGGCUGGGAAUAUUUCCCCAGGGAUUGGAAAUCUACGCAGCGCCAGUUACGGAUUUCGCAAUUCCUGCAGCGCUUGCUGUUGGCGACCAUUGAUGAAGCGCCUGCAUACACAGAGGUCGAGGAUUGGGAGCUUUGGCUGCUCAAUUAUGGCAGCGCUUGUAUACCCAACGACGAGGAAGCUGCCACAACCGCUAGCUAUCAAUCCAUCAAAGCUUUUAUUGCGCAACUGAAUCGCAAUGACUUGGCGGACGUGGAAAUACCCGCGCGCUUUCAACAGAUCAACUAUUUGUCUGUUAUAAAAGCGAUUUCCUUUGCACUCAUCAACGCUGUUCUCAAGGACUACAUUGAGAACGCCGACGCGAACAAAUAUAAAUUGCCCAACGAGAUCAUUUACUCCCAACAGGCGCUGGAAGAUUACCAACAAAUACCUUGGUGGCUAAAUAACGAAGCUGUUGAAGCGGUGAAAAUAGAUUAUACAGUUAUCGAAGCUGAAGAUACCAGUUCGCUGAGUAAGGACUCAGCAGCUGGGGAAGCGGUGGUAAUGAGUAGCGAUCGGUUGGAUGAAAUUAUAAAACAAGCCGAAACGGUUUCCCGUAAAGCGGAGAAGAAUUUCCUCUCCUUGAAGCAACAAACACUCAGUGGCGAUGUGACGGAGAUGACGCGGGAUCUAGAUGCUAGCCUUUACCAAUUCGAAUUGGCCAAACAUCAUGGCUCAUAUGAUGCUGGCUUCUUAAGCGAGCUGGACGCAUACGAUAGCGAUGUGGAGGGCGCAGCUGGUGGUUCUGAGUACGUUCUAGGUGCAAAUAGUCGCGCCGAUGGUGAUGGCGCGCGCGCGAAGUCCAGCAGUCGUAAACGAAAGCAUGCGGAAGCAGCGGCGGAUGAAGGUAGUGAAGUAGAUGCGAUCAUGGCGCGCGCAUUUAAUGUCAUUGAAAAAUUCGAAGCUAAGCAAGAUCGCGCGGAACGUAUGCAGAAGAUGGCUUUGCUGGAUAUGGAAUAAUCCGAGAAUAUUUUUCAGAUAUACAAUUUUGGACAGUAUUCGAGCUUAUGGGAGGAUUUAAUGUGGGGGCAUUUUUUAGCAUAUUUACAAAAAACUCAUUGGACAUCAAAAUAAAUUAAGAAUGUACAAAAAG